AUGAAGAAGGGUACCCUUUUCGGUUUCCUUCUUUCCAUUUUUGUUAUUUUAACUACAUUCUCCUAUUUUAUCUACAUCAUACAGCAAUAUACAACAAACUAAAUAGAACCUAACUUUAGAUCAUAAAGCUUCAUCUCAGAUGGUGAAAUCGACAUAGAUUUGAAUAGUGACUUAGUUGCUUUCAAGUUCGAUUAUGGUAACAACACUGUAAUUUAUGAGGCUAAUUAGAAAAAUAAAACAUACUUGGUUUACUAUGCUUUCUUUUACUACUAAAAAUUAGACAAAUCUGACUACAUUCAGCUACCUGUUCUUCAAUGCACCAACCCUAAACUCUUAGGAUUUUACUGCCUAGAUCUAUCUGUGAUUAGCAAUACAACGCUUGUUAUGAAUACUUCAGAAAAUAUUCUAUCUUAGAUAUAAAUCUAUACCUAUGGAUGUUUAGAUAUUGACGAUUUGAAAACUACUGCUCCUGAUAAUUGUGCAACAUAAACAGAGAUAGACAAUAUGAUCAAUGGUAUUAACGCUGUUAUGAGAUUUAAGCUACUAACAUCUUAGUAUAACACCUAAACAUAAUAAAACGAAGACAAUUACAGGAACUUUUUGAUCUAUACAAUUGCUAACUAAUAAAUAGUUACCUAAAUGAAAACUCAAAAGUAAAUUACCUCUGUGAAAUAAGGGUUAAUUGUUUAGACUCAAUCUCUUUACUCUUCUCCUAUCUCUUACACUCAAUCAGAUUCACCUAUCGAUAGAACCUAUGCUGCAAAAUAUAUUGGAAUCUCUAGCUACUGCUGUUUAGUCCUCUACAUGGAUGAAAUUGUCUAACAAAUUUAAAUUUAAUAUCCAUCCCUACCUUAAGUAUUCUCAUUCAUCAACAGUAUCUUUACUUUUUUGAUGCUUUUAGGUAUUUUAGGAAGAUCUGUGUCUCAGUUUUCAAUCAAGAAGGAUUUUUUUAUGCUAUUCUUAAAAAAUCAAUACCAAGACACAUAUUUGCAAAUUAUGAAGGAAAAUUAACUUUAAAAUGCAGAAAAAGAGAAAGACGAGGAUAAAUAUGUUGAGAAGAAUGAGUAUGUAUUUGCUGAAAAUUAAUAUCUACAAUAGCAAAAGGAAACCUAAACAUAAGGAACAUAAGCAAUAGAAGGAAGAGAAGGUAGAGGAGAAGAAGAUGAAGAAGUUAAGAGACUUGAUAAUACAAUACCAGCCAGAAAAAUUACUGUACCUACUUUUAGUAGUAAAUAAAAGCAAUCAUUAGAUUUAGAGUCUGUUUCCCCUUUCAAUAUUAAUAAAAUUGACAAAGAUAACCAAUAACACAAAGGCUUUGGAGCUGUAGCAGCAUAGUUAGACGAAUUAUCAAAUAAAAUUCAACAUGACUGCUCAAAUCAUGAAAAUAAUAAUGUUUCAUAACAGCAAAAUUUGUAGAUUAAUAAGUUUUAUUAAGUCUAAGACUCAGUGCUUUAGGAAUAUUAGCGAGGCCAUGGAGAAUUAUUACGCAAUUAAUUUACAGAAGAAAAUUAUGAGUUUUCUCCUAACAAAUAGAGCUUAUUGCAAUCCUAGUUUAAAAAAUAGAGUUCCUUAGUCAGCCCCUCAACUUAUUAAUCAAAACUAUAACAAAAAAUUAAAAAAAGUACCAGUCUAAACACCUAAAUAGUCAAAAGUAUUGAAGAAAAGAUGAAAAAUAUGGAAAACAUCCAUAAUAAAAAAUUAUCUGAUAAACUACUCCAGUUUAUAUUUAAAACGAGACUUUUCAAGAAGAAGAAAGAGCUGGUUGGAGGACUCAAAAAAAGCUAGCUCCAACAAAUCGAGUCUUAAAUAAAUAAAGAAUUGGAUAUCAUGAACUUCGUUAAAGAUAUUCUGUUUUUGAAAAAAGCAAUCAUGCUUGUCUUUGACCCUGAUCAGCUAGUAGCGCUGUAACUUAUAGGCUGUUCGCAACAUUUUUUAGACUAGUAAUUGGAUGAUUUAGAAUCAGAUCCUAAUUAAUUUGAAAAUGACACUACACUGAGUUUCUAUGAAAAGCAAUUUGCCGUUUCACAAUCAGAGAAAUUAUAGCAACAUUACAUGAAGAGAUUCUUAGAUAAAUGUACGAAUAAAAGAAAUUUUAACGAAUUGGAUGAAAGAAUUUUAGCUUCUCUCAAAAACUGA